AUGGCAAACAGAGAUGACGAACAGUCAGAAGAUAUUCGGAUGGUCGGCAAAGUGCACAUUUUUCAGUGGCGACGAACAUCCGGAUUGAAGGUCAGCGCAAAGGUUUCAGAAGUACGCCCGUUCCCUGAAUAUGAAGAUGUUGAUCAUUUGAGUGACAAUGAGAUGGUGCUCAACGCGGAACCCGGUACCUAUGCCCACAAGCUGAAACAACCAAUGAUGGAAGUGAUAAGAAAUUACUGUCG